AUGACGCAGCGUCCGGGUUCAAGAGAAAACACAGAUGAUGUGAGGAUUGUGCUGCUGGGAAAAACUGGAGUUGGAAAGAGUGCGACAGCAAACACAAUCUUAGGAAGAGAAGCAUUUAAAUCAGAAACAUCUUUUGAAUCAGUGACCAGUGAUUGUCAGAGUGAAACAGCAGAAAUCAACGGCAGACACAUCACUGUGAUUGACACUCCUGGACUGUUUGAUACUGAACUCAGUCAUGAAGACAUCCAGAGAGAAAUCACUAACUGCAUCUCAAUGAUACUGCCAGGACCUCAUGUGUUUCUCUUAGUGAUACCACUGGGACGUUUCACUCAAGAAGAUACAGAAUCAGUGAAGAUCAUUCAAGAGAUGUUUGGAGAAAACUCUUUAAUGUACACAAUGAUACUCUUCACCAGAGGAGAUGAUCUGAAGAAUAAAAACAUUGAAGUGUGUUUGGGGAAACCAGGAUCUGUGAUUAGAAACCUGAUUGAACAGUGUGGAAACAGAUUCCAUGUGUUCAAUAAUAAUGAGACUAGAGAUCACACACAGGUUUCUGAUCUACUGGAGAAAAUAGACGUCAUGGUGACAGGAAACGGAGACAGUUACUACUCAUGUAAGAUGUUCAGACAGAUGGAGAGAGAACGACAAGAAAAACAAAUGAACAUAAUGAUGGAGAGAGUCGAGACACUGAACAGAGAGAGAGAAGAACUCAUCACCAAACAUGAAGAAGAGAAAGAGAGAAUGAAGAAGAUGAUGGAGGAAGAGAGACAGAAAGAGGAGAAACUGAAGAGAGAAGAAGAGGAGAAAAAGAGAAAGAGAGAACAAGAAACAUGGGAUGAAUAUAAUCAGAGAAUUAAACAACAGAGAGAUGAAAUACAGAAAGAAAAAGAGAGAAUAGAAAGAGAGAAAGAAGAUCUUCAGUCCAAAUAUGAAACGGAGAAAGAGAGAACGAAGAUGAUGAUGGAAGAAGAGAGACAGAAUCAAGAGAAAGAGAAGAAGAGAAGAAAAGAGAAAUUUAGAGAGCGAGAAGAACAAUUAAAAAGAGAAAUGAAAGAAAAAGAGGAGCAAGAGAGAAAUAUGAGAAGAGAACGAGAGGAAUGGGAGAAACAGAAACAAGAGGAGAAACUGAAGAGAGAAGAAGAGCAGGUGAGGAGGUCAGUGCGUAUGGGUCUCGGGACAGCCAUCAAGUGGUACCUGCACAGAGGAUGA